AUGGCGCCGCUGGGCUCCGCCCUUGCCGGGGCGCUGCUGGCGCCCCCGGGGUGCGGCAUCUUUGCGGGCAUCGACCUGCCAGCAGGUGCUGCUGUUGCUGCCUCGCGCGUGUCUGUGCUGCCAAGCCAUAUCGCUGAGCUGACGCAGCUCGCAACCUAUGUCUUCGCAGGCCCAGCUUCAGAGAAGCACGGCGAUGAGGCCCAGAGCCGCCUCAUGCUGGGCCCGGCCUCCUUGGCCAACCACGGUGUCGGCAAUCAGGUGAAUUGUGAUCUUCACAUAUCGGAGGAGGGAAGCAGGGCUGCGUUGCGCACGCGCCGGCACAUCCAAGCAGGAGAGGAGCUCUUCAUCUCCUAUGGUACCACGGAGUGGUUCACAGACCGUGGCCUGCAAGCUUCAGCGGAGCCCCAAGAGCUGACCUCCGAUGCAAAAGGCGUCUGCGUCAGUCAUCUUGCAGCGGACCCUGGCAGCUCAGGACUUGUUGCAGCCGCUGCUUUGCCUGCGAAGGCGCAGUUGGUGUCUCCCGCCUUUCUGCUGCCUGCCGACCUCGCUGCAUCGCUCGGUGCUGCCAGCAGCGGGGCUCUCUUGGCUGGGGAGGUGGCCGUACUCCCUGCCGCCUUUCCAGGAAGGUUCGCGCACGACCUUUUGCCUGGGGCAGCGAAUGCAGAGCUGCAGCUCCUCCUGGAUGGCACUUUGCUUUCGCAGAUGCCCGUGGAGGCCCAGGCCAUCUGUGACUCGAGCAGGCUUCGGUUGGAGCUGGUCUUAACGACGACGAGAGACAUCAAAGAGGGCGAGCCCGUCGUGACAAAGCUUUGCGACGGUGCCUGGGCCAUUCAUGCAUGCCGCCAAUCGCAGAACUGGCAAAACAGCCUUGAGAUUUUGUCAGCCACAGCCAGCCAGAACUUGAAGGUUAACGUGGUCCUCUACACUGCCACAAUCAGCACGGUAAGUGCAGAGCAGUGGCCGCAGGCACUUCGGCUGUUGGAGGACUUGCGCAUCCAGAGUGUGGAGACCGACACGAUUUUGCACAACGCGGUCGUGAGCUGCUUGGAGAAGGGAGAGCUAUGGAAGCUGAGCCUGUGCGUAUUUGACAGUCUCGACAGCGCUUGUCUCCAAGCAAGCUUGAUCUCAUUCAACGCUCUCAUCAGUUCCUUCGACAAGUCCAGGUGGGAAGACGCAGCAGGCUGCCUCACAAGUUUGGAGAAGCAAAUGCGAGCUGACGCCAUCUCGUAUAAUGCGAUGAUCAGCUCCUGUGGGUCUGCCAACUGGCAGCUUGCCGUGCGAUCUUUAGCAAGGUCGCGGGAGGCCCACAUCCAACCGACUUGCGUCACCUGCAAUGCGGCCAUUGCCGCAUGCAGGCACUGGCAGUGGACGUUGCAAGUGCUGUCAGACGCAACAAGUGGUCGAAUCACACCGGAUGUGAUUUCAUACUGCUCAGUGAUGAGCGCUUGUGAAAAAGCAACGCAGUGGCUGGUGGCAUGCCAUAUCUUCGCAGUCAUGAUCAGUUGCCAGCUGCAGGCCACCAGCGUCUGCUACAACACCCUCAUAAGUGCAUGCGGUGCUGGGCAGCAGUGGCAAAAGGCCGUCCUCCUGUUUCAUGAGCUCCACAGCACCUCGCCCAACGUCUGCGAGGUGACGUGCAACGCACUUCUGACUGCGUUUUGCCGUUCUGGACGGUGGCAGCAUGCAACAUCCCUAUUGUCAGAGAUGCCGCUCUGGCGCGCGCUCGGGGACGUCAUCUCAUACGGCGCCUGCAUCUCUGCGUGCGAGCAGAGCGGCUGCUGGGCAGAGGCGCUGCUUCUAGUGCGGAUGCUUCAUCAAGCCCUCCUUCAAACAAACACGGUUGCAUAUACUGCAGCCGCAGCAGCGUGCGAGAGAUGUGACAGAUGGUCUGACUCCAGCCAACUUCUGUGCAGCCUGGAGCUGCUUUCAGUGCCUGCCAACGCACCGGCCUACAGCACCGUGAUGACCGCCUGCUCCAGCGCAAGCUGCUGGCCAAAAGUGACGCAUCUUCUUCAACAGGCCGCAAGGACCGGAGUACUGGUUGAUGUCCUGAUGUGGGGCUCUGUACUGAAUGCCUACCAAUCCGGCGCACAGUGGCAAGCUGCUUUCUCGCUCUUGGGCGGGAAUCUGGUUGACGUCAACUGUGUCUUGUGUAGCUCUGCCAUGGGCUCCUGUACACGAUCGGCACACUGGCGGCGAGCCCAGCAGUUGAUUCACGACGCGGAGACAUAUGGCAUUGAGGCCAAUGCUCUGGUGCAAAGCUCUGCAUUGAGCACUUUCACCCGUGCGUCGCGGCCUCAUGAGGCAGUGGCAGUGUUGGAGAAGCUGGCGAUCGAUUCCUUGUCCUCGAGAGGCUGCCCUGAGCUGUUCCCACCUGCGUGGGGCUACAACCUGAGUGUCGACAGGCGACGUGCCGCAGAGGCUGGUGAUGUCGAGGCACAAUUUCAGCUUGCCCAGCUGGCUCGACUUGGGCCAGAGAGAGGAUCGGAGGAGGCUUCCGCAGAGGCCCUGCUUUGGUAUGGGAAAGCAGCCGAGUCAGGUCACAUCCCCGCUCAGUUGCGACUGGGCGCGCUGCUUCACGACGGGGGCAGUCAUCGCGCACCGGACCCAGCAGCUGCAGUGGCCCUGUACCGCGCGGCUGCAUCGGCCGGCUCCGCUUCGGCGCAGUUCCUCCUGGGUCUGGCCUACAGCAAUGGGGACGGAGUGGAAGCAAACUUCUCCGAAGCCGCACGCUGGUUCAGCCUUGCCGGCAGCCAGGGCAGCAAUAGCUUCGCCAAGGCAGACAAGGCCAUGUACAACUUGGCUACUGCAUAUCGCGAGGGCCACGGAGUUCCUCGCGACGCCGUACAGGCCAUGGCGUGGACGCGCCGAGCAGCUGAGCUUGGCCACGCCAAGGCCAUGUUCAACCUUGCCGUAGCCCUGGCGCGCGGUGAGGGCAGUCCUCGGAAUGUUUCGGAGGCUAUAGUCUGGUAUACCCGCGCGGCCGACAAGGGGCACGUCCUGGCACAGUACAACUUGGCCUAUGCUUACUACGUCGGCGAUGGCGUGACGCCAUCGGAGGGCGAGGCGGCCAAGUGGUUCCGUCGAGCUGCCGAAGGAGGUAGCAGAGAAGGACAGUUCAUGAUGAGCAAGCUCUGUAGGCAGGGCAGGGGCAUGGCCGUGAACGAGGAGGAGUCUGCGUCGUGGCUGCGGCAAGCAGCGUUGCUAAACCACAGCCAGGCGCAGUAUGAGCUGGCCGUGGUUCUGGAAUCAGGCCGUGGGGUGAUCCAGAACCAAACGGAAGCAGACUUUUGGUACAAAAAGGCCGCCACAGCCGGAGUCCGCCGCGCCACCAGCUCGGGCGGCUUCUUCGGCCGCCUCUGGCGCUGGAUGGCAAGGACAGAGCUGUGA